GUGGCGCGAAUCACGCGAACCAUAUUUCAGCCCGGGGGGCACAUUCUUCUAGUUGGUGUGGGUGGAAGUGGCAAGCAAAGUCUUGCGCGCCUAUCUACUCACAUAUGUGGCCAUGCGUUGGUGCGCAUAUGCAUAACCUCAAGUUAUGGACUUGGGGACUUUAGAUUGGAUCUGCAAAGCAUGCUCACUCGUUCUGGCACAAAACCGGAGGGCAUCGUCUUCUUAUUCACAGACUCUCAGAUAAUCGACGAAAAGUUUUUGGUUUAUCUUAAUGACCUACUCGCUGGGAGUAUUCCUGAUUUAUUUAGCAAAGACGAACGAGAUAACUUGGCAUCAAUGGUGGAGGGUAAAGCGAAAGCAGCGGGCCUUCCCGCAGACACUGCAUCAUGUUGGGAGUAUUUCUUAACACAAGUUCGAGCCAACCUUCAUGUUGCUGUGUGCUUCUCUCCAGUUGGCCCUGAUUUUGGGACC